CGGUCACACUAAGCUGGCACAUCAUUGACAAAACAAAAAGAAACAGAACUAAAAUAUUUUAAAAUAAAAACAUGAGCUUUAUACAACAACAGGCUGAUCCACGUAAUCCCCAUGGACUCGGCGACCCGAAUGACACAAAAUUGCGCAAGGUUGAGGUCGAGGUGCUGAUACCCAAGAUAAUGCGAGACCGGGCAAAGGCAGAGCUAUGCACCAAGGAAGUCACAGACUUUCAGGAGUGCUGCAAGACCAGCAGCAUCUUCAUGGUGGCCACCUGUCGCAAGGAGAACUCUGCUCUGAGGGACUGCCUAACGCUCUGGUAUCAGAACGAUGCCUUCAAGGAGGAAUGCAGGAAGAUCUAUCUGCAGGAGCGGUCAGAUUAUCGGAGCACUGGGAUACCCAAGAAGCAUCGCGUGGAGAAACUCUAGUCCUUACAUAAGUAGUUUUGGUUAUGAUUAUUGUUUACUUUGCACGAAUGAUGAAUAAUUGAAGCGACGUACAAUUGUU